AUGUCUCUAGAUAAUCUUGAAAAUGCACUUGUAAGACUUAGCAACAAUGAUUUGAUUAAUACAUUAAUGGAUGCCAGGUUAUUAAAAAAGGAGUGGAACUGUAUAGAAUGCCAUCAAAUA